AUGAAAGCACAAGAAAUAUACAGAAUGGAAGAAAUUAAUGUCGACGAUAGAAAAGAAAUCCUUUCUGUUGAACAACAAACAUUACAACCCACCUCCCCAAAAGAAGAGGAACCGGCACAUUCUUCUAACGAUGAUCGUGAAUUUGAACGCGAUCAUAAUUAUCAGCGAACGAGAGAAGAAAACACGACGCAAUUACAGGAAGAAAAACAAAACGAAAUAGCUGAUCAAAAUGAACAGUCCCUUUCGUAUGAAUCCGAUCCAAUAGAAAGAAAUAUUCAAGACUCAUUUGAACGGAAUUCCAGAUAUUCUGAAAAACAUAAGAACGGGAGCAAAAAUUACAAUCGCAAGAGAAUACGAUCCAAUAGUGAUCGUAGUGAUUCGUAUUACUCACAACCAUCAGAGGAGUUACAAAUGGGCGCAACUCCACCACCGCCAGCACCACCUCAUCCUGAUUUGGUGUCAACUCCAAACCGUCCAGCUGCCAUUGCCGAUUUAAAAACAUCCUUACAUCAUCAUAGACCCAGGACACCUAUUUAUGAACCCGAAAUUCCCCCUCCUUCUUCAUGGCAUUCAAAUAAUAGAAUGCCUCGAAAAGAUUAUUUUACUGAUGAUCGAAAAAAGAAUCGAAUGCGUUAUAGGAAUCGGGAUUUUAAUCAUGAACGAAUGCAUUUGUUUGAUAGAAUACAAAUCAAAGAUAAUAGAAACCGUGGACCAGAGAGAGAGAGAGAUUACGAAAUAAUGGAUCGAAAGGAAAGAUAUGAAAGGGAAAGGGGCUUAAGGGUAGAACGUGAACAUGAAAUACGUGAACGAGAUGUAGUACGGCCACGUGAUAAUCCGACGAGAUAUUAUGAAGAACCCCACCCGCGCUUUCGAGUUCCAUAUUAUGAGUAUGGUAGGGAAGCGGAUAGAAUACGAGCUCCUUAUUUUGAUUACCAUCGCGAACCGGAUUUUAGAGAACGAGAGUAUCCUCGUUAUCGUGAUUUUGAUUGGGACCCUUAUUAUCAUCGUGCGUCACCACCACCUCCUGGUCACUUUCAUUAUAGAGACAACUUGAAACGACCUAACGAUUAUUUUUAUCAACAAUCCAUUUAUCCUAGAAGGUCAUUAUCUCCUCGAGCUCGUUAUUCACAUAAUAGGCGUUCACUUUCACCUAAUUCUAGACGUGUAUCGAAUCCUACGUAUGAACGUCGAUAUGAACGGGAUCGUCCGCCUCGCUAUGAUUCGAUUCGUGAGAAUGAAUUUGACGCACGUAGAAAUUCCAUACAUUAUAAUGCGCCUCAUUAUAAUGAAUUACACUCUCCUGGAUUUGAUCAUUACAAUCCUCCUGCAAUACCACCAAGUCCUAUCAACUUAAAAUCUUCGUAUGAAGAUAAUGGUUUUACUGGCGUGGUUUCAACGGACGUGGAUGCGGAUAAUCAUAGCAAUAGUACUAUCGUCAGCACUACACCCAAUGCAAAUAAUAACAGUAGCACAGAUCGUACUCGUGAUCGUAUCCGCAACGAAAAAUCGAGGAAUAUGAAUUCUAAUGACGAUAAAUACCAUGAUAUCAGCACAGAUCGUAAUAGCAAUAGCGGUGAUGCGACUAAAGAACCUUAUGAACGUCAUGCUACACGUGAGAAAAAUAACAAAUAUUGGGAAAAAAAUGAAGAAAAGAGUAGAGAUUUUGAUCGUAAUAUCACAAAGAAUCGUGAAAGAGAUAACAAAGAAAGAGGUAACUUUUAUCAAACAUUAUCUUAUGACAUAUAA